UUAUCUAUAAAUUUGACACUCACAGUCAUUUGUCGACAGUCGUUUGAGUAGAAAGUGAGUUUGAAAAAUUUUGUGUUUUAUUUAUCUGCUGAAAAGAAAAAGUAUUUAACUGCGCCCGUUGGAAACAAAAAAUACUUCUUGUGGCAAUAGCAAAAAAAUUAGUGAAGUUUAAGCAAAAGUAACCCCGUGUAGUGCCAUUUUUUAACGCUAAAACAAUAAGAAAAGUAAGGAAAUAUAAAAUUUUGCCACAAAAUGUAAGUGCAGUUGUUACUAUUCCAGUAAUUAAGGUUAGGUCUAGGAUUUUUUUUGCAAACUGCGUAGGCGAAGAAGAAAAUUUUUAUUUUUUCUUUUUGCAAAAUUUUUCUUUGUAUGCGCAAAGAUUUGGCAACACACACAUACACAAACACACGUACCACAAACUAAUAUUGUAUGUAUACGCGCUUUGUACCCCUUGCCGAUUGAUUUGCAAGACAUUUUUGUUUAGAUAUUAGGCGGCUAAUUAAACAAAUAUGAUUAAUUUUGUUUAACAAAAUAAAUUAAGAAAAAGUUUAAGUGUAGAUGUGUGUGUGCAUUUGUAAUACAUAAUUUGUCCUUUCAUCCCACUGAAUCAUCCAAUUCCAUAUUUUCAUAUACUGAUUCAUGGUGGAGCAGAGCAGCCACUCGUAUUGUGUUGAGUCACACUUGUCUAAAAUAAAGAGAAAGAGAGGGAGAGUGAAAAAAAUCUGUUUUUUUUUUGUAAAGUGAGCUAGAGAUAAGUGAGUGAGUGAAUGAGUAGGAGAAGGAAAGUAGAGAAAAUAUAACAAAAAUACAUAUAGAAGAAGAAGAAGAAGAAAGAAAGAAAAAAACAAAAAGGGAGUGUAAAAAUGUAAAAAUGCAAAAAAGAAAAAACUCAAUGUUGAACAUAACGUCGCUUAUUUAUCACCAUUCGUUUUAGUGUGCUUGAGUGAGAUUGGUGUGCGCGGCAGCAACGGCAAGAAGAAAAAUAAUAUUUUUCGGUACUUUUUACAAAUUUUUUGCAUUCUUUGUUGGCUAAACUUGUUAGACCGCGGCUGCGUUGGCAUUGUAAGAAAAGAAGAAAGUCACUCCUUAAACGAAAAAUUUGCAGACAUUUUGUUGGACACCACCACAUUGACAACAGGAACAAAAACUCAAAAAACGUUUUAAAUUUUAUUUCUGUAUCUUCUCUACUCGUCGUAAGUUUUUAUAACCAACAAAUACAAAAUGAGCUGGCAAGAUUAUGUUGAUAACCAAUUGAUGGCCUCGCAAUGCGUUACCAAAGCCUGUAUCGCUGGUCAUGAUGGCAACGUUUGGGCCUCUUCCAAGGGCUUUGAGGUUACAAAAGAAGAAUUGUCAAAAUUGAUCUCUGGAUUUGAUAAUCAAGAUCUUCUUACCAGCAAUGGCGUUACAUUGGCCGGCCAAAGAUAUAUCUAUUUGUCCGGUACAGACCGCGUUGUCCGCGCCAAAUUCGGACGCAGCGGUGUACAUUGCAUGAAAACCACACAAGCCGUGAUUGUUUCCAUUUACGAAGAUCCCGUUCAGCCACAACAGGCCGCAUCCGUCGUAGAGAAACUUGGAGAUUAUCUUAUCACUUGCGGGUACUAGAAAAUAUAAACACACACACUAUACAUAAUACAUAAAAGUAAUUAUAUAAUAAUAUUAAUAAACGAAAAAAAAACAUAAAAAAAAAACAAAAAAA